AUGUCCUCACAAACCAUUUCAUCGUUACUGGGACGCGGCCAUCAAAAUAAUUUCAAACUUACGGAAAAGCAGAAAUCUAUAAUGAUCGGCAGUGAUGACUCAUGUCGUAAAGGAUUCAUUUGCAGCGAGACGUAUCUUGCACCAUUUCACUGUCGUAUUUUUUUACAAAAGGAUAAUGUACACGGCUGGAAGACUCUCAUUCAGGAGAAAGCCAUGAACCCGCAAAAAUAUGUAACUUUUGUCAAUAAGAAUAGACUGAAAAUGCGUGAAACACAAUGGUUGUGGAAUGGAGAUGAAGUUAAAAUCGGAAGGGGAGAUAAUUUGGAGAAUUUGAUCUGUUUUGUAUUCCAAGAUGAAACUGAGAAAAGAAAAUUAGCAAAAACGAUAGAGGUCCCAGAAUAUUUAAAACACCGAUUCAAUAAUUGUCAAGAAUCAAUCGGCUCGGGCGCUCAUUCUAUUAUAUAUCUUGCAUAUGAGACGAAACUUAGGGAAACUAGGGAAUGCGUGUGCAAAAUCGUUUCUUUAACGAAGAAAGUCUCUGAGAGUUGCUUUGAAAAACUGUGUCAAGAACCCAAACUACUUGAAUCGUUUAAUCAUUCCAAUAUCAUAAAAGUUCUUGGAUAUCAUAUAGGGAAUAACCCGGACCGAUUAUUAAUUUGGCAAGAAAAGAUGCAAUGUGAUUUGGAAAAGUAUUUUCAAAAACGUAAAAUAAUUUGCCCAAAUGAAUGGUAUAAUAUAUCGUUUCAAGUGUUAGAUGCACUAAAAUAUUUACACGAUAAAGGUAUCGUGCAUCGCGACAUAAAACCAGAAAACAUAAUGUGGACAGACAACACUUGUAAAGUUUUGAAAUUAAUUGAUUUUGGAGUCGCUAAAAAUUACAAAAAUGAAACCGAAAGAGAUAAUGAACAGGUCGGAACGCAUCUUUAUAUCCCUCCAGAAAUACAUCGCGCGUCAAAUGCCGAGAUCAAUGAUCUUUACAAACCACCGGUUGAUAUCUGGGCAUUCGGAAUUUUAUCAUUUAGAUUUUUAACUGGUCAAACUCCAUUUUUUGAAAAUGAAAAAUAUGAUAAAACUGCGUUACGAGAUAAGAUCAUCAAAAAAGAAAUUUCCAAAAUACCAUUAAUGGAAAGACGAAUAAAUGAGCGAAUAAUCGAAUUGAUCAUCGAACAACUGCUGGAUUAUGAUCCCAAAAGUAGAGUGACAGCAAAUGAGGUAAUGGGUAUUUUAACAAACUUGCAAAAGUUAUUUGAAUAA